GCCAACUUAAUCAAACAAGAAGCCAGGCUGAAAAUUGCCAGUGUAGAGCUACAAGAAGUCCAGAAGACUCUAGAUGAAAAGCAAGCUGAAUUGAAUGUUGUCCAAGCCAAAUAUGAUACUGCAAUGACCAAAAAGAAGGCACUGAUGGAUGAUGCUGAAAUGUGCAGAAAUAAGAUGAGUGCCGCAACAAUGCUGAUUAGUGGCCUUGGAGGCGAACAGAUCAGGUGGACAGCGCAAAGUUUGGAAUUUCGUGAUCAGAUUACUCGCUUGACGGGAGACAUUUUAAUGUGUACAGGAUUUUUGUCGUAUGCUGGACCCUUCAAUCAAGAAUACCGUAACAAGCUCAUCCAUCAGUGGGCCACGGAGCUGGCAGUGAAGAAGAUCCCUUUCACCAAGAACUUGAAUGUAGUUAAUGCUCUUGUCGAUACAACUACUAUAGCAGAAUGGAAUAUUGAAGGUCUUCCAGGAGAUGAAUUGUCUGUUCAGAAUGGCAUCAUUACCACCAAAGCCUCUCGCUACCCAUUGCUCAUAGACCCUCAAGCCCAGGGCAAGAGCUGGAUCAAAGCUAGGGAGAAGAAAAGACAGUUGCUGGUGACCUCUUUAAACCACAAGUACUUCAGGAACCACCUGGAAGAUGCCUUGUCCCUGGGGAAACCUCUGCUCAUUGAAGACGUGGAAGAGGAACUGGACCCAUCAUUAGACAACAUUCUGGAGAAGAAUUUCAUCAAGUCUGGCUCUAUGUAUAAGGUGAAAGUUGGAGAUAAAGAGUGUGAUGUUAUGAACACAUUUUACUUGUAUAUUACAACAAAACUGGCCAAUCCAGCCUACACACCAGAGGUGAGUGCACGGACCUCCAUUAUUGACUUCACUGUCACACAAAAAGGACUGGAAGACCAGCUGUUAGGGCGUGUGAUAAUUACAGAAAAAUAUGAGUUGGAGGAAGAAAGAUCCAAACUGGUAAUGGAUGUAACAAACAAUAGACAACGAAUGAAAGAACUAGAGGAGAAUCUGCUAUACAAACUGACAAGCAUACAGGGUUCACUUGUUGAUGACCCUACUCUAAUAGAGGUUCUACAGACAACCAAGAGAACAGCUUCUGAAGUGGCAGAAAAACUGGCAGUGGCUGCAGAGACUGAGAUUGAAAUUAACACAGCCAGAGAUGAAUUCAGACCAGUGGCUUCCAGAGGUAGCAUCCUCUACUUUUUGUUGUGUGACAUGGUGAUGGUCAACCGGAUGUACUCCAUCUCUCUCAAUCAGUUCCUGGUGAUUUUCGAUAACUCUAUGGCCAGGUCAAAACCUCACCCCAAAAACCAGAUACGUAUUGGCAACAUAAUUGAAUACUUGACCUACGAAGUUUGGUGUUACACGUCACGUACUCUUUAUAAUGAGGACCGGCUGAUGUUCACACUUCUCCUGGCUAUAAAGAUUGACCUGGCAAAGGGAACUGUCAAACAGUCAGAGUUUCAAGUGUUCAUUAAAGGUGGAGCAGCUUUGGACUUGAAUGCUGUGGCCCCCAAACCAGCCAGAUGGAUCUCAGACAUGACGUGGCUCAAUUUAGUUCAGCUGAGCAAUUUGCCAACUUUCAGCAAUAUACUCAGUCAGGUUGUCAACAAUGACAAAGGAUGGAAAAACUGGUAUGACAAGCCUGCACCUGAGGAGGAGACAAUUCCAGAGAACUACAGCAACACACUGGAGCCCUUCCACAAAUUGUUACUUAUAAGAUCCUGGUGCCCCGACCGCACAUCAGUGCAAGCCCGAGAGUUCAUAUCUCAUUCUCUGGGCCGCAAGUUCACUGAGGCUGUUAUACUGGAUCUGGAAGCCAUGUUAGAAGAAACAAACCCUCGUAUACCACUGAUUGCACUGCUGUCCAUGGGUUCGGACCCAACCAAUGCAAUUGAAAAUAUGUCCAAGAGAUUGGAAAUUCCAUACUAUGCCAUCUCCAUGGGACAAGGACAGGAAAUUCAUUCAAGAAAACUGAUUUCAAAUUUUAUGGAGACUGGAGGCUGGGCAUUGUUGCAGAACUGCCAUUUGUGUCUCCGAUAUCUAGACGAGGUUCUAGUCACCGUUUUGGAAGCUGAACCGGUACAUCCCAAAUUCAGACUGUGGAUCACUACUGAGGUGCACAACUCCUUUUCCAUAGGAUUGUUGCAGAUUUCAAUAAAGUUCACCAAUGAUCCACCUCAAGGCAUUAAAGCAGGACUGAAGAGGACAUACACAGGGUUGACUCAGGAAUACAUUGACAUUUUCAACCUGCCUCAGUGGCGUCCACUUCUUUACACCAUUUCUUUUCUGCACACUGUGGUGCAGGAACGGCGAAAGUUUGGUCCUCUGGGCUGGAAUAUCCCUUAUGAGUUCAACACCUCUGACUGGGGUGCCAGUGUCCAGUUCAUCCAAAACCAUCUUGAUGAUAUGGACAUCAAAAGG